GAAUUCACGUUAUGGGGAAGCCACAACGCAAGGCCCGCCUCGUCACAGCACACAUGCUAGGGGUGCCAUCGCAUUGCAGCAUUGAUGUCCAGAUCGGACUCCCGGCCUUGCCCCGUAGCCCAGCGUCACGGGCAGUGAACCCGGUAGGCCUUUCGGAGUACAUCCAUCUCGUCGUCCAUAUGUUCCGCAAGUGUGCGGUUGACAAGCCGCGGUAUCAUCGAACCGAAGCAUGCCCCGCGGGAAGGAGGAGCAGCUGGGAUCCUCGCUCGCCACUUCCCGGUGCCGGCAGGCCGACUUGGCACCGAGCCUCCGCUUCCGAUCCAGCAUCCCGGGUCCCGCCUGUCCAACCCGGCACACAUGCCUCGCUGCCGGGAGGUCCGUUUGUCUCUCUCCGUUGGCUGCCUCAGAAGCAAUGGAAUGGUGUGGGGAAAGUACAGCAAGGUACUACCUAGGGUACGACUGGUCGGGAUACGGACAUAGUGUGCGUGCCUUCCGGCGAGUCACCGAGUGCUGUUACUUCGUCCUUGCAGCCAGGAUAACCCCGGGAAGCUCCGCGCUUGUCUCUGUCCUCGACGCCAGAUUAUCGCACGGGAUUGCGGGCCCCGCGUCGCUCAUGUCCCUCUCAUCAGAACAUCAAACAUUCCAACAACCAAUCCUGCAUGUCUUCGGGCCCAGGAGUGGAAGGCUCCAAAAGUGAAGAUCGCCACCGGCCAGCCUUGACCCCCUCUUUUCAGGGUCCAGCGG